AUGCCUCCGAGUCCCCAUCUGUCUUCAACGCCGUCAGAUAUAGCCGCCCACAAGCGGAACGCCCAAAGAAAGGCCCAGGUGGCAAGUCAAGAUUCCACUGGCAAAAAAACCGGCAAUACAGAAGAGAAACCACUGCAGCGGUCAUCCAAAGUAAAGGCCUUAGAGCGAAAAAUCUGGAAUGAGACAACGACCAAUACUCGUAAGCGCGCACCCACAGUAACUGCGCUACAAUCAGUACCAGCCGCCAAGUUAGCGCGAAAGAAUGAGACAACGACCAAUACUCGUAAGCGCGCACCCACAGUAACUGCGCUACAAUCAGUACCAGCCGCCAAGUUAGCGCGAAAGACACCUGCAGAAAAGUUAGACAAUGUCAACGGUCAUGGUCAAAGUCAAGGCCGCGAUAAGAAAAACAGCAAGCUGCCAAAGUCAGUCGCAGUGUCAAUCGAAGAUAACGACUCUGUCAGUGAAUACGGAGAGAGUGAUCAUGACACCGACAAAUCGGACGAUAAUGCGGAGGUUCCAGAAGACGAUGAUGAGGACUUAGUACCCUCCCAGAAGGAACUGAUUAAAGAGUCUACUCAGCCGAUAGCUCGAUCAACCCUCAAGGCUCAGAAUACUCGGAUUCAGCAGGUGUUGAAGACUGCCGUCUUUGAACUCAAGAAAGCCUCUAUCUUCGACAACGCAUUUCCCAACAUCACUCAGAAGCGCAAGAUGGCUCUCGAUGCAGUUUAUAAUGCUGCCGGGAAGCAUAAGGAAUAUGCGAUAGCAAAGAGGAUCAAGCAUGACUUUGAUUAUGCGGUGGCUCUCGCUGGAGUGCCGGAGGGACGGCUUAGUUCCUUCCGUACUAAUCUCAAGAAACUCGCGCAUCAAAUUGUGGUCUCUCGUUUUGGACUCAAGAAAGGCUGCGGUGACGAGGUAGACGACCUCAUCAAGGGUCACAAGUAUAUUUUCCCAACCGACGCCAAGGGUAAGGUCCUUGGGGACCAACCGUUUUGUGACGAGUCUAUGGUUGACUCCAUCCGUUUAUCUUUUUUCGAUGGUGAGAACUCAAUUGGUGUCCAGUCCUGUGACGAUUUUGUCUCGGUCUUGGAUGGAAACAACGAGCCCGAGCUACCUGUUGCUAUGGUGUGUUUGAUUGCAACGCUUAUUUACUCGAUAUUGAAGGAUUGGAGCAGCGGGAACCCACCCUCAGGCGCACAAGUCAAAUCAUUCAAUUCCUCCUUCCACAUCAGUGUUUACAACGCUCACCAAGCGACUCUCACACGCAUCUUUAACGGUAGUCGAAAGAAGUACCAUGUACUGAUGGCGCGUCUCUACAAGGCAGUCAGUGCAGUAGAAAGCUCAGAGCCCGCUGGUUCAUUGGACGCCGCUUGUGAUUACCUUGAUCUUGAUGCAAUGGGUGAAGAUUAA